CUCAACUCUCACAUUUCACCUCUGCCCCUCUCACUCACCACACCUCUCUCUUUCUCCUUCGAGAUAGUGACGCGCCCAUCCAGAUGAGUCCGCUGAGUCAGGCGGAUAUCGACAACUUCUUCGGCGCAGACCCGUCACGCUCAAGACAGAAGCUACGGCCAUCAGCGCGUCCCUCUCGCUCAUCCCCGCCACCUGUCUCCAAGCUCAUCGACGACUCCGAUGACGACAUCGUCGCGUUGACCAGCCCCCCGCGUACAGCUCCACGUCCAGCGCGCGCCUCAUCCUCGCGGAAGCACACGAGACUCAACUUUGCUGAAGCGAGCGGCGGCGGCAGUGAUUCAGACAUUCGAGGUAUCCAGCUCAGUCCGGAGCGAAAAGCAUGGCAUCCCACCUCGCGGAGAGUCAUAAGCGAUGACGAUGAGGGCCCGCCGGUGCGCCUCAAGCGUAAGGCCGCAAGCAGCUCGGAUGGCGAGUCAAGUGUGCGCCCCGGCAUCAAGACACGCUCGCGCGCACGAGCUCGCCACCCAGACUCUGGAGGGUCGAGCCAGGACUCGCCCGCGCCACCGAGGCGCCGUUUGCGAGCCCAGCGCCCACUAAAAGAUCCGAAUAGUGACUCUGCAAGCGAGCGCCCCGUGAAUUUGGGCGGACGGAGAAGUUCCAAGCGUGCGCACCUUGAUCCAGACGACGAGAGUCAGGAAGCGGCGACCGAAGACGAGGAUCCAAAUGAAAUCGAGCUUGAUGAGCCUGAGCGCUUUGUCACGACCACACGCCUACGGGCGCGCGCUGAGACGCAGCAGCAACGCAUGUUGCGCAAGCUCAAGAAUCGACGCCUCAACCUUCCCUCGUCUGAAGAUGAGGUAGAUGAGGGCGAGGGGACCGGGGGCGAGAGCGAGGAAGGGGCUUGGAAGUACGUGCAGGAUGACGACGACGGCUUCAUUUCCGAGGACGAUGGGUUCGACGAGCGAUUAAUGCCCUCCGAGUUUUCGCUGGGGUACGCCCAGAGCCAGGAGUACAAGUUCAAGAUCAUGUUUCAAUACCUCUUGCUGCUUGUCAUUCAUGGGCCGGAAGUGUUGCCUCUCCGCGGCCCGCAGAAGGAAUACAUGGCACCUGUGGGGGAGCUGCGCGCAUACGCUCGCAGCAUUCGGGAUUUGCGCGUUCGCUCGCAGAUCUGGCGCGCUAACCUCGUGCACGCCCUCGACACGUACCCUUACUUCUCAGAUAUGGGCCUCCCCGAGAUGUCCCACUAUUGCCACGCAUGCAAUCGCCGCAACCAGCACUGUUGGCGGACGGUUUAUCUCUCAGGAAAACGCUAUAACCCACAGUCGCAUGAGGAUAUCGAGGAUGGAGAAGAUGAUGAGGACGACGAGGACGACCAAUAUGAGCCGCUACCAAGCUCUCUCGACAUGGGCCCCCACUGUCUUUACACAGCGCGUCUGUACCACUCCCUCUCGCACUGGGAGCAUCGUCUCUUCCGUCACAUUCGCGGCCUGUAUCGUGAACUCCUACGAGCCAAGGACGUCGAGGUCGAAGAAUCGGACGACAGCGGAAAUGAAGACUUCGUGGAUGAGGACGAGAUCAUGUCUGCGGAGGAACGUCUCGCCGAACUCCGUGGCACGCAGCUUCCCGACGAGAAUGAUGUCAACGCCGUUCUUGAGUGGAUGGAGACGCGCGAGUAUCAGAACAAGGCAUUCGAGCAUUUCACUCUCCUUGAGAAGAAGGCACGUAUGUUAGGCGGCGAUGACAUGCGGCGCGAGGAGGGCCCAGACCACACCUAGAGUGAAGCCCAUGUAACUGUAGUGCAGGCGGCGAUGGCACCCUCACAAGAUCGCAACCCGUGGUUCCACCCCACUUCCGCACACUCGUUGUCUGUUCCACUGGGACAGUUUGCGCUCCAUCCCUACCUGUCGCAUGUGAAGGUUGUGGACAGGUGGUUACUCAUACAGAUGAACCGGAGCUUCCUGUCGUCUACAACCCAUGUACAACACUAACCGUCACAAAUCACCGCGGAGGUCCAGCUUGGUCGUCCGGUCUGGUCCUUCCGUGGGCCAUGCAUCUCUCCGACCUCUUCCAUCCUCCUUCGUACCACCUUUAGUAAGUGUUGCCUCUGCGGUGAACUCACUA